AUGCGACUUCCAGUUGGUGCUAUCUCACUUUCGGGUCCACAAGGAGCUCCAGCUUCCGCCACGUCUACGGCUGCGUCACUUCACGCGCCCCAAGCAGCAGGUUUCUCAGCGUCAGGACUGCAGCCUCCAACGCAGGGGGGGGCUACGGCUAGUGCCACAGCGACAGGAGAAGUAUCUCCAUCACCAAGGCACGGCUCCUUACAAUACCUAGAAGACGUACUCGAAAUUCUAGAAAGACAUGCAUUCCCAUGCUCAAGCAGACAGAUGACGGCUAGUGCCAGCGCGGGAGGAUCAGGAGUUCCACCACAACCGUGCGGCACUUCCGGAUCAGGAUACACGCAAGGUGCAUACGGUAGCUCCGGAGGCUACGGAGCUGCCAGCUCCAGUACCCAGUCGACGACUAGUUCCAGCGCGUCAGGAGGAGGAGUUCUGCAACCAACGUAUGACCCCUCCAGUCGAGGUUUCCUGGACUACGAACUCAGUGUUCCGACAGGGUACGGAGUUCCAGGAUCGAGCACUCAAUCGACGACUAGUGCCGGCUCCGAAGGAAAGGAUUCUCAACCAGAGGGGCAAGGUGCCUCCGGUUCGGGCAAUAUGCCAGGAGCAGGUCCAAGUACUAGUGGCGAUUGAUUCCUGUCAGGGUACACGAGUGAAUUCACAUCUGUUGGGGAGGGAGGUGUGUAAAAGGCUUAGUGGUUGUAGUCUAGCUAUGGAACCAAGUGGCACAUUUAGGCCUCUCAGGUUCCAGCAUAUCGGGAAUCUGGGGUCCGCCGGACAGAGCGGUGGUUGGCGUCCUGUACUGCAUUCGUACUAUGGUAGCGGCACAGAAAGAGGACUGCCACUGUUGUAUCAGGAGAGUUACGACGAGUUUGUAUGGUGAUGAAAGUACUUACUAGUGGAUACGGCAGAGAUUUGGUGGGAAACUAGGGGGGGCAAUCGGUAGUCGAUUCCUUCAUUCCUCCCCCUGCCUGCCGCCAGGUUUUCUUCGUUUAGAAUUUAGGAGAACAUGGCCGCAAAGUACAGGCGUUCACAGAGGCUUGAGCUAUUGCUGCGUUUUCCGUGCCACCUGCAUCACAACAAAGUUUCGUAAAUGGCGUAUCCGUCGUGAAUACCGUUUGCCCAUAUUUGUGUGUGCAGUGAGUCCACGAAGCUUGAUGGGCGACGUCAGAAAUGCUGAUGUCAUGAGCGAUUAGUAUAUUAGACGUGUGUUAUACCCGUGAUCCUCCGACACUGACCGACUCAAUGUUAGCACGUCGGGCAAUGAAGAACGUUCGUUGCCUAAAAGUGGAAGGAGCUCCUGUCUGUACUUUUGAGUUUUUGGAGCUUUAUUUGAUGAACGCGCGACGCGAUACCGCACAAUGCGUUGACACUCUCAUAGAUGCUUUAGAAAUACCCGUCUUCUUUGUCCGCAACGUUCUACCGAUGCCAUGCGUCAUAUAGGG